AUGCCAAGGAGCCGGUACCGGGAGAUAAUGCGCUACCUGCGCUUUGACAAGAAGGAGAGCAGGCGUGCCCGUCUCUCCAGUGACAAGUUUGCGUUGAUGUCAGAGGUGUGGGGGAGAUUUGUAAGCAACUGUCUUGCUUGCUAUAAACCUGGGGCUAACAUCACAGUUGAUGAGCAGCUGUUCCCAACAAAAGCACGGUGCCGCUUCACCCAGUACAUGGCAAACAAGCCAGAUAAAUUUGGAAUUAAAUUUUGGUUAGCUGCAGACGUGGAGACGAAAUACAUGCUAAAUGCCUUCCCAUACCUCGGCAGAGAUGAUACGAGGCCACCAAAACAAAGGGUGGGCGACAAUGUUGUGAUGAGGCUGGUGGAGCCCUUCAUGGGAAAGGGAAGAAAUGUCACCACCGACAACUUUUUCACGUCCCUCACCCUCGCCAAGAACCUGCUGAAGAGGAACACCAGCCUGGUUGGCACCGUGAACAAGGCCAGAAGGGAACUUCCUCCUUCAGUCCAGCAGCAGAGAGGAGAGCUGUAUUCCACCAAGGUCCUGAGGCAUGAACGUACAACUCUGACUAUUUAUCAAGGGAAACCUCGAAAGAGCGUCGCACUCCUCAGCUCCAUGCACCAGUGUGUGUCCAUCGGGAGUGACCAGAAAAAAAAGCCGGAGACAGUUACCUAUUAUAACACCACAAAGGUCGGGGUUGACGUGCUCGACCAAAUGGCACGGCUCUAUUCGGUGAAAGGGGCAACACGAAGAUGGCCAGUAGCCGUUUUCUACAACCUCCUGGACAUGGCUGCAAUAAACGCCCACAUAUUAUUUCAGAAGUGCAUGUCCACCAACAUCGCCAGACGAGCAUUUAUUUUGCAGCUGGCAAAGGAACUGCGAGCGCAACACGUUUGCGCCAUGUCCGGUCCAGCAGGUCUCCCCACAGAGCCGCAACAGAGUCACCAGAGAAGGCAGUGUCAGAUAAACAGCCACUGCAAGCAGAACAAGACAAAGGUGUGCUGUCAAGGAUGCGAGCGACCUGUGUGUGGGAAGUGCACAGUAAGGGUGGAGAGCUUCUGCUCCAACUGUGUGCCACUGCCCUAG